UUAUGUUACCUUUUUUCUUUUCUUUUUUUUUUUGGAAGCUUAAUCUGGUGGGUUGGGUUAAGUUCAGUUUAAUUUUAUUGAGAUAUUUGUAAUUUCUUCUUUAUGCGUAAGAUUUGAGAAAUUUGAGAGUUUGAUUCUUGAUUUAGAGUUUCUUUUAAGGGAAAUUUGUUGUUUUUUUAAGCUUGAUGUGAUUAUUCGGUUAGCUUUGUUUGUUUAUGCUUAGAUAUUACUGAGUCUUUUGUUUGCUAAUCUAAGAAAUUGUCUAGGUAAAAAAAGGAAAAAUGGAUUUUUUUUCCUUAGAUGUAACUUUCCUGAACAAAAUUCUGUUUAAAAAAAAAGGAAAAGAAAGAAACUUCAAAUUUUAGAUGAUCACUACCUUGGUUGAACAAUUAUUUUCUAUUUUCCUUAGAUUUAUAACUUUUUAUUUUAGCUGAUGCAAUUUAAGAAAGGAAAUAUUGUUUCUAGUGUUGCUAAUUGCUUGAUUGAGUUGGGCUAGAGUUUCUGUUAAGAUAUGUCUAAUCUCUUGUUUGCCAUCAGAAAAGGAAAGAAUGAAAAGAACUUAAUACAAUUUUACUAGUGUUGUGAGGCUAUUAGUGGUGGAUUUUAUUUUUUAUGAGAAGCAUGAAAACUGCAUUGGAAGUUAGGUUUCCAAAAUUGUAUUUUGCUAUCUGGAGUUGAGAAAGAUCCUUGUAGAGCCUGUCUGGGUGCAGUUCUUUUUGCAAUCAAGCUGAGUAAAAACCUUUUUGAAAAUUUUCUUUCUGAAGAACCUAAAAUGUUCUUUGGGUGAGUGACAGAGGGAAAAGGUUGUGUGGUCAAGGGGCUCAGGAAAAAUGUUGUUGGGAAGUGAUGUACAUGAAACUUUUCGGAAUGGCAUGAUUGCCUAUCCUGGAGUGGAGAGUCCCUCGUUUCUAAUUACAGAGUUAAGAGGGAAAAUUCUCAUGUUUUCUGCAUUGCUGCAAUUGUUGUUAGGGUGUAUAAUCAACUAAAAUAGGGUUUUCUGUUGCAUGAUUCAAUGGUGCCAGAGGGUUAGAAGAGCUAUGGACUGUUUUCAGACUGUUAGCCAUCUUAAAGGUUCCCUGUGCCAGCAGUUAUUAUUAUUCAUUCUCUGGUUAUCCAGUUUCCAAGAUGUAGCCUCAUUGCAGACAUUGAGCAACCCUAGUCAUAUUUCUUCUGCAUCCGAGCUAGCUAAUCCACCAAGUACUGAAUUAUUUGAACCUAUAGAAAUAUCCCCUGCUGUCAUUCCUCGUUACCCUUAUCCUGGUGAAUCUUUACCACCUAUGUACCCAACUUUUCCCACAACAUAUGAACCAAAUUUAACUGGAAGGUGCCCUGUAAAUUUUUCUGCUAUGUCGAAUGUCAUGGGGAAGACAGCAUCUGAUUGUUCUCAACCUUUGGCAGCACUUGUAGGAAAUGUAAUAUGUUGUCCGCAGCUUGAUAGUUUACUCCACCUCUUCCAGGGUUUCUACAAUAUCAACUCUGAUAAGUUGGUCUUGCGAAAUGCAGUUGCCAAUGAUUGUUUUUCAGAUAUCAUUAGCAUCUUAGCUAGCCGAGGGGCCAAUAGUACAAUACCUAUACUUUGUUCUGUAAAAUCAUCAAAUCUGACAGGUGGAUCUUGUCCGGUGAAGGAUGUUAAUAACUUUGAGAAAACAAUUAAUGCAAGCAAGUUAUUGGAGGCUUGCAGCAUUGUUGAUCCUCUAAAGGAGUGCUGCAGGCCAGUUUGCCAGCCUGCAAUUAUGGAAGCUGCUUUACAGAUUUCUGGAACACAAAUGAUGCUCAAUGAGAAUAAAAAUGUGGUUGGAGAGACUAUUCAUAUUGAUGCUAUCAAUGACUGUAAACGGGUGGUAUAUUCAUAUCUUUCAAGGAAGCUCCCACCAGAUGUGGCAAACACUGCAUUCCGAAUACUAUCUGCCUGCAAAGUCAACAAGGUUUGCCCUUUGGAAUUUAACCAGCCCUCAGAAGUAAUUAAGGCAUGCCGUAAUAUAGCUGCUCCCAGUCCUUCCUGUUGUAGCUCAUUAAAUACUUACAUUGCGGGGAUACAGAAGCAAAUGUUAAUUACAAACAAGCAAGCCAUAAUUUGUGCGACUAUGUUUGGGUCAAUGUUAAGAAAAGGUGGAGUUAUGACAAAUGUUUAUGAGCUUUGUGACAUUGACCUAAAAGAUUUUAGUAUCCAAGCUUAUGGACAACAAGGAUGCCUACUAAGAAGCUUGCCAGCAGAUGUGAUAUUUGACAAUUCAACGGGCUACAGCUUUACAUGCGACUUGACUGACAACAUUGCAGCUCCAUGGCCUCUAUCAUCUUCAAUGUCAUCCUUGUCUUUUUGUGCUCCAGAGAUGUCAUUGCCUGCCCUUCCGACAUCGGAGACAAUGAAAAAUCCUGGCUGCCAUGGUUGCACAUUGGAAAUCUUGGUACCCAUUUUUUCAUUUUUUGUUUUCAGUACAUUUUUGUACUGAAGAGAGUUGUAGUUAGAGGUUGAGCCGGUUUGGAGCGUAGAAGAUUUCGGUGAUUGACUGACUUUAUGUGGGGAAUUUACAUGUAUAUUUUGAGUAAGCCUUCUUCAAUGUAUAGUAGCAUCUAUUUUCUUUCCUAUUUCUUUUUAGACAAUUACUUUUCCAUCUCCUUUCACUGCUGUCUCUCUCCUGGAAUUCUUGGGAAAGAAACUUGCUUUUGUGAUUUCUAACCAUGUGGGUGGAAAACUUGCACCACUAGCUUGUCCGUUAUAAAGAAAAAGAAAGGCAGAAGACAAAAAAAAAAAAAAAGAUUCUUUUUGCAAAAGAAUUCAUAUGAAUUGUAAACGCUAAGAUGGAAGGAAUGUCGCGGCUUUGUAUUAAGAAUAAAAGGAGAAAAGAAAAAAUGGAAUUGAAUUUUGUACAAAUAA